AUAGGAAAAUAAUUCACGUUUUCAACUCAUUUCGUUUUUUCCGUUAGAAUUAGUGUAUACACGUUUUCAUAAUUGUUUCACGAGACCUGAAAACAUCUACGGGUACAUUCAAGUUCUUCUUUUUCCCCGUUCGUGUGGGACCUACGGUGGUGUCGGACAUUACUGGCUCGAACGAAACGGUGGUUCUGUUUAUACUGGAAAAAUUGACAGUCUUCGAGGAUGUAUGCGAAGGGGAAGGGGUCCACGGUACCCUCGGAUUCUCAAGCGAGAGAAAAGUUAGCCUUGUAUGUGUACGAGUAUUUAUUACAUGUUGGAGCACAAAAGGCAGCACAGACAUUUUUAUCAGAGAUACGGUGGGAAAAAAAUAUAACACUUGGUGAACCACCUGGAUUUUUACAUUCUUGGUGGUGUGUAUUCUGGGAUCUAUAUUCAGCAGCACCAGAACGACGAGAUUCCUGUGAACAUAGUAGUGAAGCCAAAGCUUUUCAUGACUAUGGUUUUGUAAACAGUGGUUAUGGAGUUAAUGGCAUUGCUCAUAAUGCUGGUCCAGCACCUUCCCCCAUAGGGCAAAUGCCACCCAAUGAUGGUAUGCCUGGUGGUCCAAUGCCUCCUGCUUUCUUUCCAUUCAUGGGUCCUCGGUAUCCUGCUGGACCAAGACCUGGAGUACGUAUGCCACAAAUGGGAAAUGACUUCAAUGGGCCACCAGGACAACCAAUGAUGCCAAAUAGUAUGGAUCCGACUAGGCAAGGCGAAGCUGGAGAAUUUGUAGGGUGGCAAGCUCCACCAGGCAUGAAUCCCAUGAAUCCAAGGAUGAAUCCUCCACGAGGGCCAGGAAUGGGUCCAAUGGGACCAGGAAGUUAUGGGCCAGGAAUGAGGGGACCACCUCCUAACAGUAGUUUAGGUCCAGGAGGUCCAGGAGGUCCUGGAAUGCCACCAAUGAGUAUGGCUGGACCAGGUGGUAGACAACAGUGGCAACCUAACACAUCCACGCCAAUGAAUUAUUCAUCAUCGUCACCGGGUAAUUAUGGAGGACCACCCGGUUCAACGGGUCCUCCGGGCCCAGGUACACCAAUUAUGCCCAGCCCACAAGAUAGUAGUAAUAGCGGUGGCGAAAAUAUGUAUACCAUGAUGAAACCUGUACCUGGAGGAAAUAUGCCUGGUGACUUUCCAAUGAGUGGUGGACCAGAAGGUGGUCCAAUGGGUCCCAUGGGACCAAAUACAAUGGGUCCUGUAUUAAACGGUGAUGGCCUUGAUGGAAUGAAAAACAGUCCGGCUAAUGGUGGUCCUGGAACACCACGGGAAGACAGUGGAAGUGGAAUGGGUGAUUAUAAUCUGGGUGGUUUUGGAGGUCCUGGAGAAAAUGACCAGACUGAGUCAGCAGCCAUACUCAAGAUCAAGGAGAGCAUGCAGGAAGAGGCGAAGAGGUUUGAAAAGGACUCAGAUCACCCUGAUUAUUUCAUACAAUAACUCUUCACGAGUCGUUGGGCCUCGAGACCAAACUUAACGUUUUAAGAAAGCAAAUUGAUACCCCCUCUCUCUCUCUCUCUCUCUAUCUCUCUCUAUCUCUUUUUCUCUUCCUUUGAGUCCGGAGCUCUCCUCACUGCACUUGUACUCCACAAUAACCUUCCCCCACCAUCCUUCUCGCCCCACCUCCCCCUUCAACUUCGGGUCGUGGCGCUGAAAAGAGCGUGUAGAGACAGAGACAAAAAUGUUUAAAACGAAUUACAAAAAAAG